AUGAAUCUUCCGUCAGUAAUUUUCACAACAUUUAUUAUUAGUUUAUAUUCAGAAAUCCUGGGAGUGGAAGUCGACGAAUACGCUCUUAAAUUCUUCUUCUACGGCAGAAAAAACCAAACCCGCGGAAUUCCCAGCAACAUUUCGAAUCGUUCGAACAUCUCCAAAACGUCGUUUUCGACCAGGAAAGACACAUUUUUCAUCAUUCACGGCUGGCAGGAUUCUGUAAACUCAACCAGCAGCGUGUCCAUAAAGGAAGCCAUUCUCAGAAAUCACAAAGCCAACGUUUUCUUGGUCUAUUGGGACGAAGUAGCCAAGGAAUCCUACUUGAAGGUGGUAUCCAAAAUCGAAAAAUUAGGCACCUUACUCGGCACGUCGAUAAAUAAAUUCGUAAACACCAGCAAAUUGAAACUAGACACCACCACAUUGGUCGGGCAUUCCUUAGGAGCCCACAUAGCUGGCACAGCUGGAGCAGCUUUAAAUGGCAAAGUAGGUGUAAUUGUAGGUUUAGAUCCUGCAGGUGUGGGUUACUCCUCGUCCACAAAAUCCAAGCUGAACGCGUCGAACGCGAAAUUCGUCCACGUGAUUCACACGUGCGGUAAGGGUUUCGGUACCAUGAUGCCCAUGGGUCACGCCGAUUAUUACCCAAACGGAGGCGGGCUGCAGCCCAUGUGCAGAUUGCUGAAUUUUAAUUGUUCCCACAAUAAGGCGUUGAAAUAUUACGUGGAGUCGUUGGGGAGAGGCGUUUUCAGGGCGAGGAAAUGCGACAGUUACGACGAUUUUAAUAAGGGAAAGUGCGAUAAUUCGACGAGCUCCUUGAUGGGGAACUAUAAGAUUGAUAAGAAGGCUAACGGGACAUACUAUUUGAAAACCAAUCUCAAACCACCCUAUGCACUGAAUGUUAAAGCACAUUAG